AUGGCUCCCAAUUUCAAGAAGGUCAUGGCUUUCGGCAAGAAAAGUACUCCUCAUGCUGCCCAGCCUCUGAGGCAGGAGGAUCAUGAUGACCUCGAGGCGGGAAACUUCCUCCCGGAAACCCAGAACAUGUACUCCAACCUGGAUGUCGGUGCGCCUAAGGGCGGCGGUGGCCAAUACAUGGAUGAGUACAGAGCUCUGAUCAGGUAUAUCGACACCUACCGGGACCCCAACGCCGAGGUGGAGAUCGAGGAGGAGACAGUAGAGAAGAAGAAGCCAUGGUGGAAGGGUGGCGGUGCCGCGGCGGGCAAGAAAUUCAGCGACUUCGUUACCCCCACAGACUGGCUCAACACCGAGAUGAGAGACGGUCUCAACUCCAUGGAAGUUGAGAGAAGGCGCAAGAGCGCCGGCUGGAAUGAACUGUCCACUGAGAAGGAGAACAUGAUUCUCAAGUUCAUUGGCUUUUUCCGUGGCCCUAUUCUCUACGUCAUGGAAGCGGCAGCAAUCCUUGCACUUGGUCUCCAAGAUUGGGUUGACGCCGGUGUCAUUAUCGGCAUCCUGAUGCUCAACGCCAUCGUUGGUUGGUACCAGGAGAAGCAGGCUGCCGACGUCGUUGCCAGCUUGAAGGGAGACAUCGCUAUGAAAGCUCGUGUUGUUCGUGAUGGCCAGGAACAAGAGAUCAGGGCCCGAGAACUUGUACCAGGCGAUAUUGUGGUUAUCGAAGAAGGCACUGUUGUACCCGCCGACGCCCGACUCAUUUGCGACUAUGAGCAGGGCGCGGAGGGUUUCCAACAAUACAAGACCGAGCUCCAAGCACAGGAUGUAUCCUCUCCACGACAAGAGAAGUUUGAAGAAGGUGAAGAUGAGGAUGGAACUCCCCACAUCGGACACCCGAUUGUCGCUAUCGACCAGUCUGCCAUCACGGGCGAGUCUCUCGCAGUCGACAAGUACAUGACCGAUGUUGUCUUCUACACUACUGGCUGCAAGCGAGGCAAGGCUUACGGCAUUGUUACCUGCGGAGCUCAGGCUUCGUUCGUCGGCAAGACCGCUUCUCUUGUUCAGGGCGCCCAAGACCAGGGUCACUUCAAGGCCAUCAUGAACUCCAUCGGUACAUCGCUUCUGGUCCUCGUCGUUCUCUUUAUGCUCGCUGCCUGGAUUGGAGGUUUCUACCGUAACCUGAACAUCGUCGGCAAUGCGGAGGACUCCACGAACUUGCUGCACUACGUCCUGAUUCUCCUCAUCAUUGGUGUCCCAGUCGGUUUGCCCGUCGUCACGACCACGACUCUGGCCGUCGGCGCUGCCUACCUCGCCCAGGAGAAAGCCAUCGUCCAGAAGCUCACCGCCAUUGAGUCUCUCGCUGGUGUCGAUAUCCUGUGUUCCGACAAGACAGGAACCCUCACUGCCAACCAGCUCUCCGUCCGUGAGCCCUUCCUGAUGGAGGGAGUUGACGUCAACUGGAUGAUGGCUGUCGCUGCUCUAGCUUCCAGCCACAACAUUAAGGCUCUCGACCCGAUCGACAAGAUCACUAUCCUUACCCUGAAGAGAUACCCUAAGGCCAAGGAGAUGAUUUCCGAGGGCUGGACGACCGAGAAGUUCAUGCCUUUCGAUCCUGUAUCCAAGCGUAUCACCUCUAUCUGCACCUACCAGGGCGUCCGCUAUGAGUGCUGCAAGGGAGCCCCAAAUGCUGUGCUCGCUAUUAGCAACUGCUCGCCUGAGCAGAAGAUUCUGUUCAAGGAGAAGGCCACCGAAUUCGCCCGCCGUGGUUUCCGUUCCCUGGCUGUCGCUGUCCGUGAGGCCGACGGCCCGUGGCAGAUGCUCGGCAUGCUGUCGCUCUUCGACCCCCCUCGCUCGGAUACCGCCCAAACCAUCGCCGACGCCCAGACCCUAGGUCUCUCCGUUAAGAUGCUUACUGGUGACGCCAUCGCCAUUGCGAAGGAAACCUGCCGUAUGCUUGCCCUGGGAACCAAGGUGUACAACUCGGACAAGCUGCUCCACUCUGACCUGGCUGGCAACUCUAUCUACGAUCUGUGUGAGCGUGCCGACGGCUUCGCUGAGGUCUUCCCCGAGCACAAGUACAAGGUCGUCGAGAUGCUGCAACAGCGUGGCCAUUUGACUGCCAUGACUGGCGAUGGUGUCAACGAUGCUCCCUCCCUGAAGAAGUCCGACUGCGGUAUCGCUGUCGAAGGCGCUACAGAGGCUGCUCAGGCUGCCGCCGAUAUUGUCUUCCUUGCUCCCGGUCUGUCUACCAUCGUCUCGGCCAUCAAGAUCUCCCGCCAGAUCUUCCAGCGCAUGAAGGCAUACAUCCAGUACCGUAUCGCUCUCUGCUUGCACUUGGAGCUCUACCUCGUCACUUCUAUGAUCGCCAUCAACGAGACCGUCCGUGUUGACUUGAUCGUGUUCCUGGCUCUCUUCGCCGAUCUGGCCACCAUCGCCGUCGCAUACGACAACGCACACUUUGAGCGUCGCCCCGUCGAGUGGCAGCUUCCCAAGAUCUGGAUCAUCUCCAUCGUUCUCGGCGCCCUCCUCGCCAUCGGCACUUGGAUCCUCCGUGGCACACUCUGGCUCCCCAGUGGCGGUGUGAUCCAGAACUACGGCUCCGUCCAGGGCAUUCUCUUCCUCGAGAUCUCGCUCACCGAGAACUGGCUCAUCUUCGUCACGCGCGGCUUCGAGACAUACCCAUCCUUCCAGCUGAUAGCGGCCAUCUUGGGCGUCGACAUCCUGGCCACACUCUUCGCGGUGUUCGGUUGGUUCACCGGCGGCGCCAGCUCGACCAUCCCUCCCGUCCCCGCGAUCGCGUCGGACCCCAACGGCAGGACAGACAUUGUCACCGUCGUGGUGGUUUGGUGCUUCUCCAUCGCCGUGACGAUUGUCAUCGCCAUUGUGUACUACGUCAUGACUGGCAUGGAGACCCUCGACAACCUCGGCCGUAAGAAGAGGAGCGCUUCCGACACGCUCAUGGAGAAUGUCCUCACGCAUCUCUCCAAGGUGGCCAUCGAGCACGAGAGGGAUGAGGACGGAUCCAGGUUCCAUCUGGUCCAGAAGCAGAUCAAGGAAGAGGACGAAUAA